GGCAGACCCCACAACUUCGCCUGCCGUUACUUAAAGUCGGCGACGCCCACCUUCUGCGAACGCGCCCUUCUUCUCUUCAUCACACAUCCAUCCACACCCAGCGCUCCACGACACGUUCACGUCUUCCACGCCACUCACAACCCAUUUUCAAAACCAAACCACCCACAUCAAUCCACCAAAAUGACUGGAGGCAAGUCCGGAGGCAAGGCCAGCGGUGCCAAGUCGAACGCCCAAUCUCGCUCAUCCAAGGCCGGUCUCGCAUUCCCAGUCGGUCGUGUCCACAGACUCCUCCGCAAGGGCAACUACGCUCAGCGUGUUGGUGCCGGUGCUCCCGUCUACCUCGCAGCUGUCCUCGAAUACCUGGCAGCCGAAAUCCUCGAGUUGGCUGGUAACGCUGCUCGUGACAACAAGAAGACGCGUAUUAUCCCACGUCAUCUUCAGUUGGCCAUCCGCAACGAUGAGGAGUUGAACAAGCUCCUCGGCCACGUCACCAUCGCACAGGGUGGUGUGCUUCCAAACAUUCACCAGAACCUCCUGCCCAAGAAGACCACCGGUACCAAGCCAGGCAAGGGUGGUGCAUCACAAGAGCUGUAGAUGCGCAUUCUUGUUUCUUUGGUUUAAGAUCACGGCACAAUGGGUUAUGGCGCAGAAUGGGGUUGUUUCGCGAUGAUAAUGGGCUCAUCGACACGGGCGGGCACGAGCUCAGGGUUAUGGCGUGCUCUUGACUUUUUACUACUUUGCAUGCACGCAGGCUUCUGAUCUGAUCCAGGAGCGAAGGCUGUACAUUAUGCCCACGAUACCAUAGCACAGUGCUAUUCGGGCAACAGGCUUAUGAUGAUACCAAGAAUCGAUCAGCACUUCAAAGACUUCACAA